AUGGAAAGUGGCCCAGGUCCAGGAUCCCCGUGUGCCUCAGACUGUCCACCCACGGGUGGGAAGGAACAUGAAGAGAGCCUGGCCGAGUCAGAGAAAAGGUCUCAUAUUCCAGAAGCCACUCCCACAUACUCAGAAGCAAAGGAAGUUACUGGUGAAACGUCUACGUGGGGCAAUGGCAAGUACAAAGCUCUCAACGGCCGCAUCUUCUCCUUUGAGUCCUCCUGCGCAUACACUUUCUGCCGUGACUGUGCCGAAUCCGGAGGAGACUUCAAUAUCGAGAUCAAAAGGGACAAGAAGAAUAAGAUUGAAGAAAUAAGAGCUCUGAUUGAUGAUGUUGGCAUCUCAGUUUUGAAUAAUAGUAUUUUUGUUAACGACGAAAGGAUACAAGUGCCGUACAGCAACAAGAUGAUUCACAUUAAAAAACAAGGUGAUCACUAUGUUCUGAACAGCCGCAGACAAACACUUUCUCUAAGGUGGAACAAGAACAAGCUCUCACUCACUCUUUAUAGCCAGUAUACCACCUGUGGUCUCUGUGGCAACUUCAACAACACUCCAGGCCAAGAUAUCGAUGAGCACAUUGCCAAUAGUAAAAUUUCCAGUGACUGCCCCAAUGCUGUGAGUGAGAGCAGUGAAGUCUGCGAGGAUGGAGUACAGUAUUGUGACAAGAUCAUUGGGGCUUACUUUGAGAACUGUGGGAAGGUUUCCCCUUUAGCCAGUGAGUACAGAAAGGUGUGUGUUGAUGACUAUUGUCGAACCGGAGGCGGCAAGGACUCGACCUGUGACACCUUCUCUGAGCUGGCCCGACUCUGUGCCUAUGAUGGACCUGGCGUCUUCGAGCACUGGCGAGAUGAUUCUGCCGUAGUUUGUGAAAAGCAACAAUGUCCAGGAAAAUAUAUCUACAAAGAAUGUGGACCUUCAAAUCCUCCGACUUGCUCUAACGUGGCUCCUUUUCAGGACAGUGAAUGUGUGAGUGGCUGCACCUGCCCAGAAGGUUAUCUAUUGGAUGAUAUCGGAGAGAAAGGAAAGUGUGUAUUAAGGGAAAAAUGUCCUUGUGAAUCUAAUGGAAAAGUAUAUAAACCAGGAGACGUCCGAGAAGGCCCCUGUGGUUCUCAGUGCACAUGCCAAGAUGCUAAGUGGUCCUGUACCAAAGCUUUCUGUCCUGGGAUAUGUAAAGUGGAAGGCAGCUUAAUUACUACUUUUGAUGACAAUGUAUUUAACCACCCUGGAGACUGUUACUUCUUGGCCCUCUACAAUGAAGAUAUUUCUAUCAGUGUUGAGCUUCGUCCGUGUGAUGAUGGUCAGACAGGAUCGUGCUUAAAGAGUGUUACGCUUCUCCGAAACUCUUCUGUUUCAGGUGGCAGAUUUGUGUUCAGUAGUGAUGGGACAGUCACAAAGGAUGGAGUUAGACUCCAAGGCUAUUACUAUUCAGAUGAUAUACAGAUCUUCAAUGCAUCUUCUUUAUACAUGCAAGCAGAGGUGCUCUCUCUCCUAAAGAUGCAGAUACAAAUUGCUCCUGCAAUGCAGUUGUAUUUGUCCAUGCCUCCCGAUGCAUUCACAGACACUGUCGGUCUUUGUGGUUCCUACAACAACAAGGCAGAAGAUGAUUUCAUGUCAAGUCAGAAAAUUCUGGAGAGUACAGCUCAGGCGUUUGCUAAUUCCUGGGAGAUGAUGUCUUGUUCUAAGGGGAGCCCUUCUUCCUGUGUCAGCAUCGAAGCAGAGAAGUUUGCUGACAGCAACUGUGGCAUUCUUCUCAAUUCAAGCGGACCUUUUGCUGCCUGUCACCAAGCUGUGAGCCCCAAAUUCUACUAUGAGGAAUGCAAAAAAUACACGUGCUCUUGUGGAAACAGCCAAGAUUGCCUGUGUACGGUUCUAGGGAACUACGUGAAAGCUUGUGCUGAGACAAAAACAUACCUAAUGGGCUGGAGAGAUGGGCUAUGUGAGGUUUCUUGUCCAAGUGGCCUCGUGUUUGAUUACAAAGUGAAAACCUGCAACAGCUCUUGUCGAUCACUCUCACAACGAGACAGAAGCUGUGAUAUAGAAGAUGUUCCAGUUGAUGGAUGCACUUGCCCUGAGGGAAUGUACCAGAACAGUGAAGGGAACUGUGUUCAGCUAUCUGAGUGUGACUGCUAUGUUAAUGAUGAGAUUGUGCAGCCCGGCAAAUCCAUCCUUAUUGACGACAAUAGCUGUGUCUGCCAGGAUGGAGAGCUUCUUUGCCAAACUCCCCUUAAUUUGACCAUACACAACUGCUCCAGGGGUGCUGAGUAUGUGGACUGCAAAGAUCCCAAGGCACAGAGAAGGACUGAUAGGACAUGUAGCACCCGGAACAUACCUGAUUUUCAGGGAGACUUACCAUGCAAACGUGGGUGCUACUGCCCCGUAGGAAUGGUCCGCAACUCUAAAGGGAUAUGUAUACAUCCUGACGAUUGUCCCUGCUCUUUUGGCGACAGAGAAUAUGAGCAAGGAAGUGUUACUUCUGUUGGCUGCAAUGAAUGUACUUGCAUAAAGGGAUCUUGGAACUGUACCCAAAAUGAAUGUCAAAGUACUUGCCACAUCUAUGGGGAAGGACAUGUUAGAACCUUUGAUGGAGAAAGUUACAGCUUUGAUGGGCUCUGUCAGUACACAUUCCUUGAGGAUUACUGUGGUCAAGAAAAUGGCACAUUCCGUGUUUUAACUGAGAGUGUCCCCUGCUGUGAAAAUGGGCUUACCUGCUCCAGAAAAAUCAUAGUGGCUUUCCAGGAUCAAAACAUCAUCUUACAAGAUGGUAAGGUGACAGCAGUCCAAACCACGGAAAGCAAGGAUUGUGAGCUCAACGGGACCUUGUACUCCAUCCACACUGUUGGCCUCUACCUGAUUGUGAAACUUCCGAAUGGAAUCAUUCUGAUCUGGGACAAAUACACCAAAGUUUCUGUUAUUCUGGACCCAAGGUGGCAGAACAAAGUGUGCGGCCUUUGUGGAAAUAACAACGGAGAUCUUAAGGAUGACUUCACAACAAGGCACUCCUUGGUGGCUUCCACAGCCCUGGAAUUUGGAAACAGCUGGAAAACAAGCCAGGAGUGUUCAGAUACAGUAACGCAAAGCUUCCCAUGUGACUCGAACCCAUACUGCAAGGCCUGGGCUGAGAAGAAGUGUGAGAUCAUCAGGGAUGACACCUUCAGGGACUGCCACAGCAAGGUGGACCCAACGGCUUACUACAAUGCCUGUAUCGAAGAAGCCUGCGCGUGUGACAUGGAGGGGAAGUACCUUGGCUUCUGUACUGCUGUGGCGAUGUACGCAGAGGCAUGCAAUGCAGCCGGAGUCUGUGUCUCAUGGAGAAAGCCAAACCUUUGCCCCGUGUACUGCGACUACUACAAUGGCCCCGGGGAGUGCAGCUGGCACUAUGAACCCUGUGGCACAGUGACGGCCAAAACGUGCAAAGAUCAGGUCAUCGGGCAGAAGUUUUCUUCACUUUUGGAAGGCUGUUACGCCAGGUGUCCCGAGAGCGCACCCUAUCUGGAUGAGAACACUAUGAAAUGUGUCCAGUUGUCUGAGUGCAGCUGCUACUACAACGAUGUCAUACCAGCAGGGGGAGCUGUUGUGGAUGAGUGCGGAAGAACAUGCUAUUGUACUGCUGGCGAGUUGGACUGCAAUGAGACUCAGCCUACAAAUUCAACAACAACAGAUGAAGACAACAUAUUUCUAGAAAGAAAUAUCCUAGCAAAAAUUCUUCAAUUAACUUGUUUCCUAAAUACUGUGUCCCCAUACAGUUUCUAUGACCACAGCUACUUCCGCAUUAAGCACCUCAACAGUGGAAAGAUUAGAGAGUUUGCGUGCUUAUUUGGUGACAAAGCCCAUGUGACAUUAGGGUCGACCAGAACUUCUCAAUAUAUCACCACAGAAGCUAAUAGUGAAAGUACAGUUGGCACAGUCUUCUCAACGGGAGGAGUGGCUAGCACUUCCGUACCAACAACUGGUAGUGAGAAAGGCAGCACAACCAGGGGACCAAGUACUGGAGUCACAAGCCCAGCAAACACGGAAACAAGUAGCAGUGAAGAUAUAGCCACCACUGGAACUGCUGGUGAAAAUACAUCUGGAGGAACAGUUUCAGGGACCACAGAAAUGUCUUCAGGCUUCACCACUACCAGUCCCAGAGCCUCCACCAUGACACCCAUAGCCUCUGCUAAUAGCCAAUCAGGUGGAGUCCUUUUUACACCCACAACCACUUUUACUAACAAGGAAACUGGAACUUCCAGUGAACACAUCAGCACUGCAACAAGCCCAGGAAACCUGGGUACAACUGGAGAGUCUGUGGGAGUUACUUCAGGAGCAGACACGGAGGUCACAUCUGGGGCCCCACUCACAGGAGUCACCUCUGGAAAGCCAGCAGGAACAAGUGGAGGAACACAAGCACCAGCCACCACUGGAGCUCCCAGUGAAAACACAUUGGGAAUAACAGGAACAAGCGCAGGAGACAAAACUGUCACUACUGGAACUGCUGGAAAUAGUGCAUCAGCAAGAACAGGAACCACGACACCAUCAGUCGUGGGGACAUCUGGAACCCCAAACAGUGAACAGACUCAGCCUGCAGACAAAUCAAGGAGGACAGUGAUAUCCUUAGGACAAACUACCUUCCCUCAGGCCUCUAGUCUAUCCCCAGCCUCUGCCAGCAGCAAACAAGGAACAAGUGGAAGUUCCCAUGCAGCCAGCACUGGAGCUCCUGGUGAAAACACAUCUGCAGUGACAGGCACACCUGGGAAAUCUUCUGGAGCCACCUCAGGAGGGGCAGGGAGUAGCACCAUGCUACCUGCAAGUACUGGAGCCCCAGCUACAGGUAAGAAGACUUCUUUGUCUUUGGUGAAGCUUCAGCAGCUCAUCGAUUCCCAUGCUGCCUCAGGAACACCUAGUGCAUCUUCUGGAGCCACCUCAGGAGUGGCAGGGAGCAGCACCCCUCUACCUGAAAGUUCUGGAGCCCCGAGUUCAGUGAACAUGGUGACAUCCCCAGGACACACUACCUUCCCACAAGCCUCCAGUCUAUCAUCAGCCUCUGCCAGCAGCAAACAUGGAACGACUGGAUCAUCAGCUGCAACAACUGGAUCUCCAAGCAGUGAGCUGACCACACCUGAAAUCAGUGCAGGAACCACGACACCAUCAGUCGUGGGGACAUCUGGAGCCCCAAACAGUGAACAGACUCAGCCUGCAGACAAAUCAAGAACUGUAGAGUCUACAGAACCCACAAGCCACAGGGGAGGCAGCACAUCCGGGGAACCCAGCAGCAGUGUUACCAGCCAAGGAAACUCAGGGAGCACAGUGAUAUCUCCAGGACAAACUACCUUCCCUCAGGCCUCCAGUCUAUCCCCAGCCUCUGAUAGCAACAAACAAGGAAUGAGUGGAAGUUCCCAUGCAGCCAGCACUGGAGCUCCUGGGGAAAACACAUCUGCAGUGACAGGAACGACUGGAUCAUCAGCAGGAACCACUGGAUCCCCAAGCAGUGAGCUGACCUCACGUGAAAUCAGUGCAGGAACAAGUGGACGUUCACAUGCAGCCAGCACUGGAGCUCCUGGGGAAAACACAUCUGCAGUGACAGGAACGACUGGAUCAUCAGCUGGAAAAGCUGGAUCUCCAAGUAGUGAGCUGACCUCACCUGAAAUCAAUACAGAAACAACAGGAGCAGGUAACGAGGCCACACCUACUGUGUCAGGCACAGUUGUCACCACUGGAAGCCCAGCAGGAACAAGUGGAAGUUCCCAUGCAGCCAGCACUGGAGCUCCUGGUGAAAACACAUCUGCAGUGACAGGGAAUACAGUGACAUCUUCCGGCCACACAACCAUUCUUCUAGCCUCCACUCUAUCCUCAGCUUCUGCCAGCAGUAGACCAGAAACGACUGGAUCACCAGCUGAAACAACUGGAUCCCCAAGCAGUGAGCUGACCUCACCUGAAAUCAGUGCAGGAACGAGUGGAAGUUCACAUGCAGCCAGCACUGGAGCUCCUGGUGAAAACACAUCUGCAGUGACAGGCACACCUGGGAAAUCUUCUGGAGCCACCUCAGGAGGGCCGGGGAGCAGCACCCCUCUCCCUGCCAGUACUGGAGCCCCAGGUUCAGUGACAACUGGAUCAUCAACUGGAACAACGAGAUUUCCAAGCAGUGAGCUGACCUCAUCUGAAGUCAAUACAGGCACACCUGGGGAAUCUUCUGGAGCCACCUCAGGAGGGGCAGGGAGUAGCACCAUGCUACCUGCAAGUACUGGAGCCCCAGCUACAGGGAGUACAGUGACAUCCCCAGCACAUACUACCUUCCAGCCAGCCUCCAGUCUGUCUCCAGCCACUGCUGGCAGCAAGGCAGGGACCACUGCACCAUCAGUUGGGGAAACACCUAGAACCCCAAGCAGUAAACUGUCCCAGCCUUCAGAUAAGUCAAGAACUGUAGUCCCCACUGAACCCACAACAAGCGUCAGGGGAGGCAGCACACCCAGGGAACCAGGCAGCGGUGCUACCAGCCAAGGAAACUCAGGCACAACACGACAGUCUGUGGGUGUUACCAAAGAAGCAGAUGGGGAGACCACACCUGAGGUUCCUGACACUGGAGUCACCACUGGAAACUUGCCAGGCACAAGUAGAGCCACACAGGCAGCCAGCACUAGAGCUACUGGUGAAAACACAUCUGGAGUAACAGGGAGCACAGCUGUGUCUUCAGGCCACACUGCCACCCGUGGAGUCUCCUCAAGCCUGGCUUCAGUCUCUGCCAACAGCAAAUCAGGAACAACUGGACCAUUGGCUGAAACGACUAGGUCCCCAAGCAGUGAUCUGACCUCGGCUGAAGGAGAAGCAGCAAGUUCUACCACACCAGUGUCUAGAGGUGGAGAAGGCAGCACCCCCAGGGAACACAGCACGGGAGUUACAAGCCCAGGAUCCUCAGCAGGCCCUACCACAUCCGUGCAUGGUGAGGAAGGAAGCACACCUGGGCAAUACAGCACCAAACUUACCAGUCCAAGAGUGUCAGGCACAAGUGGAGGACCUGGUGCAGCUACCACUGCAGCCACUGCUGGAAGCACAUCUGGAAGCACAGGGGAAGGAGGUUCCACGACGCCAGUGCCUACUCAAGGAGAAACCAGGACACCCAGGGAACAAGGCACUGCAGCUACCACCCUAGAAAUCUCAGAAUCCUCUUCGAAGCAACAGCAACAGCAUCACAUUAGAAUCCCCUACUCUUGUUUGCCAGGUUCAACAGGAGGGUCUGCAGGAACCAGUUCAGGAGCUGGCAAAGGAAGCUCACCUGGAACAUCAGGCACUGUUACAACUUCAGGAACAAGAGAAGGAACAGUUGCAGCCACCACUGGAGUUGCUGAGAAAAGCACACUGGGAGGAACAGUAUCAGGCUCAACAAGAGCAUCAUCUGCAUCAACCUCUGAAGCAGCAGGUGUCAGCACUCCUGGAGAAACAGACACUGGAGUCACAAGUUCUGAAACAAAAGGAGGAACAGAUGCAGCCACCACUGCAGCUACUGGAAAGAGCACAUCUGGAACAGAUUCUGCAAAGACCACCACUCCUAGUUCAGUGGCCCCAACCACACCAACCUCCUCUGCCAUCACAGAACCAGGGAGCACUGCACCAUCAGCUGGCGAAACAACUAGAGCCUCCAGCAGUGGAUCCACCCAGCCUGGAGAACAGUCAGGCUCUGUUCGAACACCAGUUGCUCUCACCUCCUCAGUUGGAAAUGCAGGCACAACAGCAACCCUGCCCUCCAGCCUCACCAGUUCUGGACCCACAGAAGGGAGCACUGUGCCAGCAGUUGGCGAAACAACUGGAGAAUCUAGUGCUGAAUCAACUCAGCCUGGAGACAAAUCAGCAACAACUCUAGGGUCUUUGGGUGUAGCCACAACAACAGACAAAGUGAAAGGAAAUGCCAAUGAUACAGGAUUCAGAGGAGGAACAAGGGAAGGAACAGUUGCAGUCACCACUGGAGUUUCUGAGGAGAGUACCCUGGGAGGAACAGGCUCAACCAGGGCAUCUUCUGCACCAACCUCUGUAGCAGCAGGUGUCAGCACUCCUGGAGAAGAAGGCACUGAAGCCACAAGUUCUGGUUUAACCAAGGGAUCUGUGGAAACCUCUACAGUAGCAGGCAAAGGAAGCUCACCUGGGACACCAGGCACUGAACCUGCCCGCACUGUUACACCAGCAGAAACAAAAGGAGUUGAAACAGAAGCAGCCACCACUGCAGCUCCUGGAAAGAGCACAUCUGGAGGCACACCCAAAGCAUCCUCUGGAGCAGCCUCAGAAGCAUCUGUCAGCAGCACCCCUGGGACAGGAAGCACUGAAGCCCCAAGUUCUGAUUCUGCAUGGACCACCACUUCCAGUUCAGUGGCCCCAGGCAAACCAUCCACCUCUGCCAGCACAGAACUAGGCUCUACUACACCCGUAAACAGUGGUGAUGAAGACAGAACACCCAGGGAACACAGCUCUGCGGUUACCAGUCCAGGAGUGUCAGGCACAAGUGGAGGACCAGGUGUAGUUACUCCUGGAACCACUGUAGGAAGCACAUCUGGAAGCACAGGAGCCAUAAAGACUUCUGGAGGGUCUACUACUGUGAGUCUUGGAACAUCGACUGGACCAGUCACAACCUCUGCUAGGAGCAGUCCAGGCUCUGCAAGAACACCAGCUGCUUUCACCUCCUCAGUGGGAAAUGCAGGCACCACAGGAAACCUGCACUCCAGCCUCACCAGUGCUGGGCCCACAGAAGGCGAAGGAAGUCCCACUAUAUCAUUGUCUACUCAAGGAGAAGGCAACACACCCAGGGAAGAAGGAACUGGAACCACAAGCCCAGGAACCUCAGGUUUAACCAAGGGAUCUGCGGAAACCUCCACAGUAGCAGGCAAAGGAAGCUCACCUGGGACACCAGGCACUGAACCUGCCAGCACUGUUACACCAGCAGGAACAGGAGGAAAAACAGAAGCAGCUACCACUGCAGCUCCUGGAAAGAGCACAUCUGGAGGAACAGAUUCUGCAUGGACCACUACUGCUGGUUCAGUGGCCCCAGCCAAAUCAUCCACUUUUGCCAGCACAGAACCAGCAAGCCCUACCAUACCCCCACCUCCUGGUGAUGAAGGCAGCACACCAGGGAACACAGCUCUACAGUCACCAGCCCAACAGGGCCUGAACGCACAAAUGGAGAAACAGCUAUUUCUGGAGUCACUGUUGGAAGUACGUCUGGAAGGACAGGGAGCGCUGCACCUUCAGCUGGUAAAACAACUAGAGCCUCUAGCAGUGGAUCCACCAAGCCUGCAGACCAAUCAGGCAAAGGAAGUCACACUCGCAGGCCCUACCACACCCACACCUAGGGAUGAAGAACACAGCAUACCUGGAGAACACAGUUCUACAAUGACCAUUCCAGGAGAGUCAGGGACAAGUGCAGCACCUACUCAAAGCAUUGUUGGAAGUACAUCAGGGAGGACAGGAACCAUAGACACUUCUGGAGGCUUCACCACUGUGAGGCCUCGAACAUUGACUAGACCAGUCAUGACCUCUGCUAGGAGCAGUCCAGGGAGCACUGCACCGUCAGCUGGUGAAACAACUAGAGCCUCCAGCAGUGAAUCCACCCAGCCUGGAGAACAAUCAGGAACAAGGGAAGUAACAGUUGCAGACACUACUGGAGUUGCUGAGGAAAGCACCCUGGGAGGAACAGGAAAAAGAGGAGGAACAGAUGCAGCCACCACUGCAACCCCUGGAAAGAGCACAUCUGGAACAGGCACACCCAAAGCAUCCUCUGGAAUAAUCUCAGAAGCAACUGUCAGCCGCACCCCUGGGACGGGAAGAACAGGAGCCCUGGAUACUGAUUCUGCAUGGACCACCACUGUUAGUUCAGGGGCCCCAGCCAAAUCAUCCACCUCUGCCAGCACAGAACCAGGAACCAUAGACGCUUCUGGAGGGUUCACCAUUGUGAGUCCUGGAACAUCGACUAGACCAGUCAUGACCUCUGCUAGGAGCAGUGCAGUUUCAACAGGGGCCUCUGCUGGAACCACCUCAGGAGAAGCAAAGGGAAGCUCAGCCGAAACACCAGGCACUGAGAUCACUAUUUCUGCUACAUCGACAGUAACUAAAGGAAGAGCAGACACAGCAAGCAAUGGAUUCUCUGAGGAAACCACAUCUGGAGAAAAAGAAGUUACCACUACACCUAUAUCCAGUGAUGAGACAGGCUCUGGAUCUGAGGAACAAGACACCGGAGCCACUAGCCCAAGAACCUCAGCAGGCCCUACCACACCUACACCUAGUGGUGAUACACCCACACCUAGCGGUGAAGAACACAGCACACCUGGAGAACACAGUUCUACAACGACCAUUCCAGGAGAGUCAGGAACAACUUUUGUGUCGAAUGGAAUUACAGAGAGAACUGCAUCAUCCCUUGGACAACAUACAACUACUGGACCAUCAUCUAAAGAACAAGAAACAACUAAAGUAUCAGCAACUGGCACACAGUCAACGGGCACAUCAAUGGAAGGAACUGUGGGGAAGGCAACAUCAGCUGGAGAACCGACAAUAACUAGACAAAGAUCUAGAGUUACAAUGACGUCUGGACACACACCUGGGACCACAUCAGCAACUAGUAGAUCAGUUUCAGUGUCAGGAAGUACUGAGACAAAUGGUGAAGUGUCUGUGACAUCUGGUCAGACAACCAUGGUGACUGUAACAUCUUCACUAUCACCUGAAGUGAGGAAGACAUCCACAAAGUCAGUUGAUAGCACACUGAGAUCUACUGUAGCUUUAGAUCAAACUGUAGUGUCUUCUGGCCCUACUACAACAACUGGACCUUCAUCAUCUCAAGGACUACAAACAAGUAGAGAAACUGUCACAGGAACAAGAACAACUCGUGUGUCCACUGGCAUUACAGAGCAAACUGCACAAUCCAUUGAAUCAUCACUAACUACUGGACCAUCAUCUAAAGCACCAGAAACAACUAAAGUGUCCUUAACUGACACACAGUCCACUGGCCCAUCCACUGAAGGAUUAGUGACUAAAGCAACAUCAGAUAAAGAAGCAACCAUAACUACAGCAAGACUUGGAGAGGCAGUGACAUCUGGACAAACACCUGGGAGCACAUCAGCAACUAGUCUGUCAGUUUCAGUGUCAGGAAGUACAGAGACAAAUGGUGAAUUGUCUGUAAUAUCUGGUCAGACAACUAGGGUGACUGUAACAUCGACCCAAUCACCUGACAUAAGGGAGCGAUCCACAAAUUCAGUUGAAAGCACACUGGGAUCUACUGUAGCUUUAGAUCAAACUGUAGUGUCUUCAGGCCCUACUACAACAACUGGGCUUUCAUCAUCUCAAGGACUACAAACAAGUAGGGAAAUUGUUAUAGGAACAGGAACAACUGGUGUGUCCACUGGCCUUACAGAGCAAACUGCACAAUUUGUUGAAUCAUCACCAACUACUGGACCAUUAUCUAAAGCACCAGAAACAACUAAAGUGUCCUUAACUGUCACACAGUCCCCUAGUCCAUCAACUGAAGGAAUUGUGACAAAAUCAACAUCAGUUGGAGAAACAACCAAAACUACAGCAAGACUUAGAGAGGCAGUGACAUCUGGACAAACACCUGGGACCACAUCAGCAACUAGUCCCUCAGUUUCAGUGUCAGGAAGUACAGUGACAAUUGGUGAAGUGGCUGUGACAUCAGGCAAGACAACUAGGGUGACUGUAACAUCUGUCCAAUCAGCUGAAGUGAGGGAGACAUCCACAAAGUCAGCAGAUAGCACCCUGGCAUCUACUGUACCUUUAGAUCAAACUAUUGUAUCUUCUGGCCCUACUACAACAACUGUACCUUCAUCAUCUCAGGGACUACAAACAAGUAGAAAAACUGUUAUAGGAACAGGAACAACCAGUGUGUUGACUGAAAUUACAGAGAGAACUGCAUCAUCCCUUGGACAACAUACAACUACUGGACCAUCAUCUAAAGAACAAGAAACAACUAAAGUAUCAGCAACUGGCACACAGUCAACGGGCACAUCAAUGGAAGGAACUGUGGGGAAGGCAACAUCAGCUGGAGAACCGACAGUAACUACACAAAGAUCUAGAGUUACAAUGACGUCUGGACACACACCUGGGACCACAUCAACAACUACUACAUCAGUUUCACUGUCAGGAAGUACCGAUACAAAUGGUGCAGUGUCUGUGAUAUCUGGUCAGACAACCAUGGUGACUGUAACAUCUUCACUAUCACCUGAAGUGAAGGAGACAUCCACAAAGUCAGUUGAUAGCACACUGAGAUCUACUGUAGCUUUAGAUCAAACUGUAGUGUCUUCUGGCCCUACUACAACAACUGGACCUUCAUCAUCUCAAGGACUACAAACAAGUAGAGAAACUGUCACAGGAAAAAGAACAACUCGUGUGUCAACUAGCAUUACAGAGCAAACUGCACAAUCCAUUGAAUCAUCACUAACUACUGGACCAUCAUCUAAAGCACCAGAAACAACUAAAGUGUCCUUAACUGACACACAGUCCACUGGCCCAUCCACUGAAGGAUUAGUGACUAAAGCAACAUCAGAUAAAGAAGCAACCAUAACUACAGCAAGACUUGGAGAGGCAGUGACAUCUGGACAAACACCUGGGAGCACAUCAGCAACUAGUCUGUCAGUUUCAUUGUCAGGAAGUACAGGGACAAAUGGUAAAGUAUCUGUAACAUCUGGUCAGACAACUAGGGUGACUGUAACAUCGACCCAAUCACCUGACAUAAAGGAGAGAUCCACAAAGUCAGCAGAUAGGACACUGGCAUCUACUGUACCUUUAGAUCAAACUGUAGUGUCUUCCGGCCCUACUACAACCACUGGACCUUCAUCUCAAGGACUACAAACAAGUAGAAAAACUGUUAUAGGAACAGGAACAACCAGUGUGUUGACUGAAAUUACAGAGAGAACUGCAUCAUCUCUUGGACAACAUACAACUACUGGACCAUCAUCUAAAGAACCAGAAACAACUAAAGUAUCAGCAACUGGCACACAGUCCACUGGCCCAUCAACUGAAGGAAUUAUGACGAAAGCAACAUCAGUGGGAGAAGCAACCAUAACUACAGCAAGACUUAGAGAGGCAGUGAACUCUGGGCAAACACCUGGGUCCACAUCAGCAACUAGUCCCUCAGUUUCAGUGUCAGGAAGUACAGAGACAAAUGGUGAAGUGGCUGAUACUUCUAGCCAGACAACCAGGGUGACUGUAACAUCUUCACUAUCAUCUGAAGUGAGGGAGACAUCCACAAAUUCAGUUGAAAGCACACUGGGAUCUACUGCAGCUUUAGAUCAAACUGUAGUGUCUUCUGGCCCUACUACAACAACUGGACCUUCAUCAUCUCAAGGACUACAGACAAGUAGGGAAAUUGUUAUAGGAACAGGAACAACUGGUGUGUCCACUGGCAUUACAGAGCAAACUGCACAGUUUGUUGAAUCAUCACCAACUACUGGACCAUUAUCUAAAGCAAGCAAAACAACUAAAGUAUCCUUAUCUGGCACACAGUCCACUGGCCUAUCAACUGAAGGAAUUGUGACAAAAUCAACAUCAGUUGGAGAAGUAACCAAAACUACAGCAAGACUUAGAGAGGUAGUGAGCUCUGGACAUACACCUGGGACCACAUCAGCAACUAGUCCCUCAGUUUCAGUAUCAGGAAGUACAGUGAAAAUUGGUGAAGUGACUGUGAUAUCAGGCAAGACAACUAGGGUGACUGUAACAUCUGUCCAAUCACCGGAAGUGAGGGAGACAUCCACAAAGUCAGCAGAUAGCACACUGGCAUCUACUGUACCUUUAGAUCAAACUAUUGUAUCUUCCAGCCCUACUACAACAACUGGACCUUCAUUAUAUCAAGAACUACAAACAAGUAGAGAAACUUUUAUAGGAACAGGAACAACCAGUGUGUUGACUGAAAUUACAGAGAGAACUGCAUCAUCCCUUGGAAAACAUACAACUACUGGGCCAUCUUCUGAAGAACCAGAAACAACUAAAGUAUUCUUUACUGGCCCACAGUCAACUGGCACAUCAACGGAAGUAACCAGGACAAAUCCAACAUCAGUUGUAGACACAACAAUAAAUACAAUAAAGCCUAAGGAGGCAGUGAAAUCUGUAACUGCACACAGGAACACAACAGCAACUAGUCCCUCAGUUUCUGUGUCAGGAAGUACAGUGACAAAUGGUGAAGUGGUUGUGACAUCUGGUCAGACAGCCAGGGUGACUGUAACAUCUUCACUAUCACCUGAAGUGAAGAAGACAUCAACAAAAUCAGUUGAAAGCACACUGGGAUCCACUGUAGUUUUAGAUCAAACUGUAGUGUCUUCCGGCCCUACUACAACAACUGGACCUUCAUCAUCUCAAGGACUACAAACAAGUAGAGAAACUGUCACAGGAACAAGAACAACUCGUGUGUCCACUGGCAUUACAGAGCAAACUGCACAAUCCAUUGAAUCAUCACUAACUACUGGAACAUCAUCUAAAGCACCAGAAACAACUAAAAUAUCCUUAACUGGCACACAGUCCACUGGCCCAUCCACUGAAGGAUUAGUGACGAAAGCAACAUCAGUUGGAGAAGCAACUAUAACUACAGCAAGACUUAAAGAGGCAGUGAGCUCUGGACAAACACCUGGGACCACAUCAGCAACUAGUCUGUCAGUUUCAAUAUCAGAAAGUACAGUGAAAAUUGGUGAAGUGUCUGUGACAUCUGGCCAGACAACUAGGGUGACUGUAACAUCUUCACUAUCACCUGAAGUGAAGAAGACAUCAACAAAGUCAGUUGAAAGCACACUGGAACCUACUGUAGCUUUAGAUCAAACUGUAGUAUCUUCUAUCUCUACUACAACAACUGGACCUUCAUCAUCUCAAGGACUACAAACAAGUACACGAACUGUUAUAGGAACAGGAACAGUUGGUGUGUCCACUGGCAUUACAGAGCAAACUGCACAAGCCAUUAAAUCAUCAAAAACUCCUGGACUAUCAUCUAAAGGACCAGAAACAACUAAAGUAUCCUUAACUGGCACACAGUCCCCUAGCCCAUCAACUGAAGGAUUAGUGACUAAAGCAACAUCAGUUGAAGAGGCAACCAUAACUACAGAAAGACUUGGAGAGGCAGUGAGCUCUGGACAAACACCUGGGACCACAUCAGCAACUAGUCCUACAGUUUCUGUGUCAGGAAGUACAGUGACAAAUGGCGAAGUAUCUGUGACAUCUGGUCAGACAACUAGGGUGACUGUAACAUCUUCACUAUCACCUAAAGUGAGGAAGACAUCCACAAAGUCAGCAGAUAGCACACUGAGAUCUACUGUACUUUUAGAUCAAACUGUAGUGUCUUCUGGCCCUACUACAACAACUGGACCUUCACCAUCCCAAGGACUACAAACAAACAGAGAAACUGUCACAGGAACAAGAACAACUCGUGUGUCCACUGGCAUUACAGAUCAAACUGCACAAGCCAUUGAGACAUCAUCAACUACUGCACCAUCAUCUAGAGCACCAGAAACAACUAAAGAAUCCAUAACAGGUGCACAGUCAACUGGCACAUUAACUGUAAAAACCAUAACAAAUCCAACAUCAGUUGGAGAAACAAUAACUACAGCAAAACCUCAAGUCGCAGUGACGUCUGGACACACACCUGGGACCACAACAGCAACUAGUCUCUCAGUUUCAGUGCCAGGAAAUACAGUGACAAUUGGUGAAGUGGUUGUGACAUCAGGCAAGACAACUAGGGUGACUGUAACAUCUGUCCAAUCACCGGAAGUGAGGGAGACAUCCACAAAGUCAGCAGAUAGCACACUGGCAUCUACUGUACCUUUAGAUCAAACUAUUGUAUCUUCUGGCCCUACUACAACAACUGGACCUUCAUCAUCUCAACGACUACAAACAAGUAGGGAAACUGUUAUAGGUACAGGAACAACCAGUGUGUUGACUGAAAUUACAGAGAGAACUGCAUCAUCCCUUGGACAACAUACAACUACUGGACCAUCAUCUGAAGAACCAGAAAGUACUAAAAUAUCUUUAACUGGCACACAGUCAACGGGCACAUCAAUGGAAGUAACCAGGACAAAUCCAACAUCAGUUGUAGACACAACAAUAAAUACAAUAAAGCCUAAGGAGACAGUGAAAUCUGUACCCACACACAGGAACACAGCAGCAACUAGUCCCUCAGUCUCCGUGUCAGAAAGUACAAUAUCAAAUAGUGAAGUGACUGUGAUAUCAAGCAAGACAACUAUGGUGAGUGUAACAUCUGGGAAAUUACCUGAUGGGAGGGAAACAUCCACACAGUCAGCUGAUAGCACACAAGGAUCUACUGUAACUUUAGAUCAAACUAUAAUAUCUUCUGGCCCUACUACAACAACUGGACCUUCAUCAUCUCAAGGACUACAAACAAGUAGAGAAACUGUCACAGGAACAAGAACAACUCGUGUGUCCACUGGCAUUACGGAGCAAAGUGCACAAUCCGUUGAAUCAUCACCAACUACUGGACCAUCAUCUAAAGUACCAGAAACAACUAAAGUAUCCUUAACUGGCACACAGUUCACUGGUCCAUCAACUGUAAAAACCGUAACAAAUCUAACAUCAGUUGGAAAGUCAACAAUAACUACGUCAAGACCUCUAGUGCCAGUGACAUCUGGACACACACCUGGGACCACAUUAGCAACUAGUUCCUCAGUUUCUGUGUCAGGAAGUACAGCAACAAAUGGUGAAGUGGCUAUGACAUCUGGUCAGACAACCAGGGUGACUGUAGCACCUGUCCAAUCAGCUGAAGUGAAGGAGUCAUCCACACAGUCAGUCGGGAGCUCACCAGUAUUUAAUGUAGUUUCAGAUCAAACUGUAAGAUCUUCGGGCCCUACUACAACAACUGGACCUUCAUUAUCUCAAGGACUACAGACAAGUAGAGAAACUGCUACUGGAAGAAGAACAACUGGUGUGUCCACUGGAGUUACAGAAAGAACCACACAAUCCCUAGAACUAUCAACAUCAACUGAACCAUUCUCUGAAGCCCCAAACACAACUAAAUUAUCAGUUACUGAUACAAGUAAAAUGGGCUCAUUAACUGGAAUCACCUUGAGAAAUGCAUCUUCCAUUGGAGAAUCAACAACAGCUGUAUCCUCUGCUAAAGUACUAUUAUCUACUAGGGUAACAGUCACUGGCUCAGAGACAACCAGUUCAUCAAAUGCUGUUACAGAGACGACUGGGUCAUUUGAAGGACAAUCAUCUUCAACGGGAUCAGUACCUGGCGUGUCCAUUUCAUCCGGCCAAACACCUGUAACUACUGUUAUGCCUAGACCUUCAUCUUCAGCAUCACAACCUAUAGGUACAUUUAGUGAUUUGACUUCGCCAUUAGAGCCAUCACCUAGAUUAACUGUAACAUUUGAGCCCUCGCCUGGAAACACAUGGACAUCAAGUUUAUCCACUGAAGUUUCUGGAAGAACUCUACCAGCUGAUGAAGGAACCACAGGAAGGAAAAAUACUAGUAGAGGCCCAGGAGCUGAGUCUACAACAAAGGAAGUGACCACUGGGUUCAUCCCUGCCACAACUGUUGCCCCAGGCAGUUCCAACACAGAGGCUACAACUUCCACGAAAGGCGGUGAAACUACCCAUGGAGAAGUUCCCACAGAGGCUACAACUUUAGCAGAGAAUAGUGAGACCCUUGGGAGCAGAGGGACAACAGGUCCCACCCGUGCAGAUGUGAGAGGGACUGAGACAUCUGGGAGUUCCAGCACAGUCACCACAGGGGUGACUACUGGUACAACAGUAGCCCCUGAGAGUUUCCUCACUCAUGAGUCACGAAAACAGUUCAGGAAAUUUGUCUCUGAACAGCAGAGGCUGCUGCCUCUCCUAGGGACAGUGUGCAAAGUGAAAGGGCUGCACAUUUUCCCAGUGUUCCCAUCCCAAGCUUCGUUCCACCUCUAUUCGGGGGCUACAACUUCUGCAGAAGUUAUAGCGUACACUGGAGUUAGAACAGGAACUAGAGUCCCCACGGAAGCACCAGGCAGCCAAAGCACAGGAGGAAACACAGAUUCCACUUCAGUAGCAACUGAAGUCACAACCAGUGUCCACAUAUCCCAGCCAGAAACAACGACAACAGAGAGUCAAGACACUGAAAGUACAACAGCAUGUUCAGGCUUACUUACAUCAGCCCCAGUGUGUCAUGGUCCACUGGGAGAAGAGAAAUCUCCAGGAGACACAUGGACGUCUAACUGCCACCAGUGUACCUGUACUGAAGCACAGGCUGUAGACUGCAAACCUAAAGAGUGUCCUUCUCCACCCACCUGCAAAACUGGAGAGAAGCUGAUAACGUUCAAAUCGAACGAUUCCUGCUGCGAAAUCGGCCACUGUGAACCAAGAACAUGUUUAUUUAACAAUACUGAUUAUGAGAUUGGUACAUCCUUUGAUGACCCUAGCAACCCAUGUGUCUCCUACACCUGCAACAGCACUGGCUUGGCGACCGUGGUUCAGAACUGCCCAAAGCAAACCUGGUGCACAGAAGGAGAGAGAACCUACGAUUCAAAGAAAUGCUGCUAUACCUGUAAGAGUGAAUGCAGAACUUCUCCCGUGAAUGUGACCAUUAGGUAUAAUGGUUGUAGGAAGAGAGUGGAGAUGGCCAGAUGUGUAGGAGACUGCAAAAGGACCCUCAAGUACAAUUAUGAGACCUUCCAAUUGGAGAAUUCUUGUGUUUGCUGCCGGGAAGACAGCUAUGAAUACAGGAACAUUGCCCUCGAUUGCUCUGAUGGCAGCACCCUCCCGUACAGAUACAGGCACACUACAACCUGCUCCUGUCUGGACCAGUGUGAACAGUCUACAGACAGCCAAUAGCUGCAUUGCCUUUCCAGUUGCAUUGUUUUAAAAAGGAAGAAAAGUAAUUGAGUAGUGUGAAUGGAUAAACCUGAGAAUGUCUUAUACACAAACCAAGGCUCGCCAUGAGGCCUUUC